AUGACCAACACCAAGGGGAAGAGGAGAGGGACACGUUACAUGUUCUCAAGACGCUUUUGCAAACAUGAUGUCGUCCCUCUUGCCACCCACAUGCACAUCUAUAAGAAGGGUGAUAUUGUUGAUAUAAAAGGCAUGGGCACAAUUCAGAAAGGCAUGCCCUACAAAUGUUACUAUGGCAAGACAGGAAGGGUAUACAACAUCACCCAGCAUGCUGUGGGGAUUAUUGUGAACAAGAAGCUUAAGGGCAAGAUUCUGGCCAAGAGAAUCAGUGUGCAAAUUGAGCAUAUUAAGCACUCAAAGAGCAGAGACAGCUUCUUGCAGCGUGUGAAAGAAAAUGAAAGAAAAAUGAAGGAAAGGAAAAGGGAAUUUGGUUUGAAUGAAAAUGCCAGCCUGCUCCUCCUAGAGAAGCUCACUUUGUGA